UCAUAAAUCUUUACACUGUACGCUGUCACCAUCUGGAGGUGGUCCGUCUAUAAAGUAGAAUGCACCAAAGAGGUUUGGCUUUCGCUCAUUGCCUCUUUGGCACUGUUAUUCUUGAGAUCUGAUCCAAUCAGCCAGCAAGCAACCAAGGUUUGGGAGUUCAUUACCUUAGAAUUAAGAGGUCAUGGGUCGCGGAGUUAGUGCUGGUGGCGGGCAGAGUUCAUUGGGCUAUCUGUUUGGUACUGGGGAGGCUCCAAAACCAGCUGCAAAUGAAGGGCAGUCUGUAAGUAAUGAGCCUUCCUCCAAGCCUGCUGCUGUUCCGCAACCGGUGGACAUUUCCAAACAGGUUCCAGCUGGUAUUAACAGUUAUUCAACAAAUAACUAUAUGAGGGCUGAUGGUCAGAACACUGGCAACUUCAUCACGGACCGACCAUCAACCAAGGUCCAUGCUGCCCCCGGUGGUGGAUCUUCUCUGGAUUACCUCUUCGGUGGUGGGCCUACAGGUGGCAGUAAAUGAUAUGUAUGCCCUGGCAUCUCCAUAAGUAUUGUUUGUUUAUUCUUGUUGAUCUUAGUCUGGAUGAGGCCAUGAACUCAUGUUUACUUCAAGACAGUUUGAGCUUGUCGGAUGUUGAUGUAAUAUAGGUGUUGUGGUUGUGUGCAUAUUAAAUCAACUGUACUCUCAAUUUUUGAUGCAUAAGCAUCCGCGUCAGGACCUUUAUUGUUAAGAAUGAUGUUAUAUUUUCUGACGUGUCAUUUAUCCUUUA